AUGGUUGAUGGUUCCUUAUACGAGUUUGUGAUUGAAUUGAGUGGUGCCGAUCUUCCGAAAAGUGAAUGUUCUAGGCAGUUACUUGUACCUAAAAUGAAGAAACUUCCGAGUAAGAUGUUCAGAUCCAUUAUUCAUGACAAAGAUUUUGAAGUUUCUCUAGCUUAUGAAAGUAAACAUCUUUUGCCACCUGGUGUUACCUCUCCCUUAAAUGCUCAAUACCAGAUAUCUGGUUUAGCAGAUGCAAGUGGGAAAUAUUCGUCUCGGAAUCUAUCAUCCCCCAUUAAGGCAAUUGUACAUUUCUCUCUUAGUAGAAGCGGAGUUCUUUCUCUGGAUCGGGCAGACGCUGUUGUUGAAAUAACAGAUGCCAGUAACAAUUCCGAGGAAAGCAGUGAAAGUGUGCAAAGUGAUAGUUGUAUUAAUAAGACAUCUAACACGAGUGCUGAAGAGCAAGCUGCUGCUGAACCUGCUACAGAGAAAAAGCUGAAAAAGUGGACCUUUAGGGUACCAUUAAAGAUUGUUGAGAAGAUUACAGUAGCAGGGAUGUCUCUAUCGAAAGAGUUUCUUGCUGAAGCUAAAACAAAAUUACAAGCACUAGACAAAAAGGACGUAGAAAGGAAAAGGACAGCCGAGUCUAAAAAUAAUUUAGAAGGAUAUAUAUACACUACUAAGGAAAAGAUUGAAACUCUUGAGGAGUUUGAAAAAGGAUCUACGAGUGAGGAACGCAAGUCCUUUGUUGAGAAGCUUGAUGAGGUGCAAGAUUGGUUAUAUACAGAUGGUGAAGAUGCCAACGCCACAGAGUUUGAAGAGCAUCUAGAUCAGUUGAAAGCUAUUGGAGAUCCAAUUUUUUUCAGGUUAAAAGAGCUUACAGCUCGACCAACAGCAGUUGAGCAUGCCCACAAAUACCUUAUUGAGCUGAAACAGAUUGUAGAAGAGUGGAAAUCAAAGAAGUCCUGGCUUCCAAAAGAACGAGUACAUGAGGUGAUUAAUACUGCAGAAAAAGUUAAAGAACUGGCCGGAUGA